UAUAGCAGACAGCAGUCAGCAGGUUGCAUUUUUUUGUGAACAUGCAAGCCGUUUUUGUAUUGUAUUUCUAGCAGGCUUUUCUGCUAAAAGUAGUAUUAGUUUGAUAAAUUAGUUUACCAAUUCAUUUGAUAAGUAUACCACAUAGCAUUCGUCUACCAAUAUUUAGUUUGGUAAUAUAAUUCUUAAGAAUUGACAAUGGCUGCUGAAAAUUUGUGCAAUGGUACUGUAAACGGUAAGAUGAGGACAAGUGAAGGGAAAACACCGUUCCUCAUUGGUGUUGCUGGAGGAACAGCAAGUGGCAAAUCGACGGUUUGUAAAAGGAUAAUGGAGAAAUUAGGACAGGUGGAUGUUGACCACACAGAGCGACAGGUGGUCUGCAUCAGCCAAGACAGUUUUUAUCGAGAAUUGACGCCAGAAAACAAGCUGAAAGCGGCCAAAGGACAGUAUAACUUUGACCAUCCAGAUGCAUUCAAUGAAGACCUUAUUUUACAAACGUUACAAGACAUUCUUGCUGGGAAGAAAUGUCAAAUACCAGUCUAUGACUAUCGCACAAACUCAAGGACGGAUCAGUAUAUAACAAUCUAUCCUGCCGAUGUAGUAUUAUUCGAAGGAAUACUAGUAUUCUAUUUCCCUGAGGUCAGGGAUCUGUUUCAUAUGAAGCUGUUUGUUGACACGGACUCUGAUACAAGGCUUGCCAGGCGAGUGAUUCGAGACAUAAAUGAGCGUGGAAGAGAUUUGGAACAAGUAUUGAAGCAGUACAUGAACUUUGUCAAACCAAACUUCGAAGAGUUCUGUCUACCUACCAAAAAGUUUGCUGAUGUGAUAAUUCCUCGUGGUGCUGACAAUACCGUUGCUAUAGACUUGAUAGUUCACCACAUCUGGGACAUUUUGCAUGGCACCUCUCCCAGUCUCAGCAAGACGUCUCUCUCACACUCAAAUCAGGGCCUAUCUUCGUCUUCCUCCCACCGGCGGCGCACUAGUUCCGGCUCAGGAACUCACAGCCGAUGACUGCCGAUGAUUACCGAUGAGGGCCGAACGCUGCCGACUAUUUCCAACUGUGUUACUUAUCCCUAACACUAGUAAAAUUGCUAGAUCCUUCGUAACUUUCGUCCUUUCACUUGAGUCUCAAAUUGAAAACUCGAUAAGGAUGGAUGCUUAUUUUAGUUUUAGUCACAGUUUCUUAAAUUUAACUAUUGCUUUUAGAAUCUUCGUCUAGUUUUAUCCUUUGACAUUUUUGUCCUUUAACUUGAGUCUCGAGUUGAAGACUAGAUAAGGAUGUAUAAUGAUUUCCUUAGUAGUAAAAUCAAAUCACUUUAUAGUUUCUUCAAAUCAACUAAUGUUAUUAGCAUCCUUGUCUAGUUAGAUCGAAAUUUUGUCCUUUAACUUGAGUCUUGAAUUGAAGACAAGCUGAGGAUAAAUGAUAUUUUAGUUUUAGUCAUAGUUUCUCAAACCUAGCUAGUGUUAUUAGAGCCCUUUAUCUAUUCCACUCGCCUUCUUACCCAUCUAAACUUUUUCUAUAGAUAAAACUAAUUAUCUAAUACUUCAAAUUAAUCUACGUGCAUUGCAACACAGGUUUAAUCAUUGUGUGAUUAUAGAUUACACACUGUUCAAAUUGCCACACUGUUUUUCACUUAAGCUGCGUUUACACCAAAGUUAAUAACAAAAUGUUAAUAACUUAAUCCUUAUAGAUUCUAUUAGAUUGAACUUAUUACAUUGAAGUUUCGUUCAAUCUAAUAGAAUCUAUAAGGAUUCUACAUAAUUCUAUAAGUUAUUAACAUUUUGUUAAUAACUUUGGUGUAAACACCCAGCUCUAUUGCUUGUAUCUCAGAAAGAAACUUCCAACAUAUUUGGUGGGGUGUAACUCAUAUUAUGUGCAAGUAUUUAAUCUUUUCGUUAUUUGUGUUUAUUUUCGAAAAUUAUUUUAAAUAAUCAAAUAAUAAUAAUAACUUAUUGUAAUUUAAAAGCCAAGACUUAACCUUCCCAAACUUUCCUUCUACCUUUGAAAUCUAAUUAAACAGUACCUUCAGGCUAUGUUCAUCUAAUUUCUCACACUUGCACAUAUGAGAUAUGGCACAUCUGAGGAACUCCACUACGCGUUCUUAGCGUGGCGUACUAUGUAAAAAUGUAUUAGUCUGCUGUGUAUGAAAAUCUUUUACUUAAUUACAGGGCUUUUAAGGUUCAAGAAACAUAAUUUCUAUCUUUUUAUUAUACUAUUGCACAAUAUUCUACAUACUAUUUGGUUAUAUUCACUAUUCAAAAUAAUUAGUUUUAAUAGUAGUUACAUUCACUUCUAUCAUUCACGGCAGAAAGCAAUUUUUCUUUAAAUAAUUAUUGACCUGUUUCUAUUCCAUGUUGUCUAAAUUAUUCAAAUUGUACUUGAACCUAAAAUUUUUAUUUCAUUGAUUAAAAAUUACAACAAUUAUGAGAAUAUUUGAGCUUUAUUUUUUGUUUUUAAUAUUAUUGAUCUUUUAUACUAUUGAAACUGAUGCUUUUUAUGUUUAAUUAAUUUACUAGGCCUACUCUUUUCAUAUUUUUUAAGACUAUUCCCAACUUUAUACAAUGUCUUUUUAUCUUGAACUUUUUGAAAUAGCUUUGAUAUUAAUAGUAAGAUUAGUUUUAAAUCGAUUGGGUUUUCCGGUGUAAGUUAAUUUUUAGAAUGCUUUUGCACAAAUAUUUUAACCAGUUAAAUUGUUCUUACUUUUAUUGAAUGACUAGUUCGCUUAGUUUUUGUUAUGAAUUUAGGUUUCACUAUUUAUUUUGAUUGUAGAUGAAAGGACAAUUUCAAAUGGAGAAAAUUCCAAGUUUCAACAGUGAAUUUAUUCAUGUAAAAUGCUUUCAGUUUUUCAAUUUUGUUUUUUAAUGAAUGUUAUAUUUGUGCUGAAGCGUAGAGCUCUUCUAAUCGUAUUCCCGUACUGUUAAUUAAGAAAUGAACAACUAUCCACAUACUAACGUAAAAUAAAAUAGCCGUUAUUGCUUCAAAUAUUGCCUGUUUCAAGGUUUUUAUGGGGAAAAUAGAAUGUAUUUCAUCAUUUUUGAGAUACUUUUAUCAUGCACAUUUUGGAAGUACAAACACUGCAAAGAUCUGAAUGUUGAGCACAAAUUAAUGCAACCAUAUCGACUUGGCUAUCAUUUUUUCAUUCAUUCUUCAUCACAAUUAAGAUUGAUUGUUAGCUAAGAGGGAACAAAUAGUUUUCAUGUAUGUAACUGUGUCAAAUUGUUGAUUGUAACACACAUGUUACAAAUUGAACAUACAUGUCAUGCUCAGUAUUUGCUCAGGUUCAUUAUGAUUGUAUUUUUAUGAAGCACUAAAGUGACAAAUGAACACAUUGUCAAUAAUAUUAAAUGGAGAUCUGAGAGCUAAAUUAAUACUUCCUGCGGUAAAUUCAAGGCCGCAAACUGAACUAAAACAUUUUUAGUUACUAACCUUUAUGCUUAAUACUGAUCAAGAUUUGUUUGAAAAGAAAAACAAAUAACAAUUUAUCCCUUUUAUGGAAAUUGUUUCAAUUGUCUGUUUAUGGAGAAACACAAAGCUUCAACAUUUGAUGAUCCAUGCAACAAUGAUUAUUUAUAUUUAGCCUACUCCCAAGUCUAUUAGAAUUAGAAUAUUUGGUGAUUGAGAAUAUCACAUUGUAAGGGUUCACACCAAUAUUUUUAUAUAUAUCAUCUUAUUAUCGGUACUUAGAUAUUAAUUUUACUAAAAUAUGCAAAAAUGUAUUAAAUAUUGCUUUAAAUAAGAAAUGAAGUACCCAUAUUAAUACUAUUGAAAGUUCUCUAUAGGAGACUUUAUUUAGAUUAUAUCCAAGUAGUUGAGUGUCUUAGAAGUUGAAUUUUAUCUAAAAUUGAAAAUCGUAGCCUAUAGAUAUUUGGUAGGUUUACUUCGAGUAGUAUGUGGUUAGGUAAGUUAAAUGAGUAGGUACUUGGUACUAGAAGGUAUGUAAAAUAUGAAUAAAUGAGCAAUAACUUGAUGUUUUUGAGAACCUUGCAAAAAAAUUAAUGUCUGAAUAUUAUGGAAGUGUAGUUGAAAUUUGGAAAUGAGAAAGGCUUUAAAACCUCCUAUAAUUAAUCUUAUAGAAGAUAGAAUAACAUCACAAUUCCCAUCUUUUACACUUUUUUAGUGCGUUCUACUUCUAUUAUUUAUGAGUGUUCGUACACCUUACAUUUUUAAAUCACUACAUUUGUUAUCUUCAAAAUCAAUUUAAUUUUAUAUUUUCCUUUAUUAAGAGCGGAGUUAAAACUAGGUCCUAUCUUCAAAUGAGUUGAGAAGUUGAACAAUUGAAUACGGAUUCUAUUUAAUCAAGAUGUAAACUGUACAUUCUCAUGAGGCGGAUUUUUUGUAAAAAUAUUAUCUGACUGCACCUUGAAGACUGCGUUAUUUUUCGUCUUUUCUAAGAUCAAAUGGUAUUUUUAUAAAACCGUUCUCCACAAAUCCUUUGAUAUUAUAUUCUUUAAAAUCUGAUUUCUUCACUUGACUUCAAUACAAUAUGGCUAAUUUCCAGUGUGCUCAUUAUUGUUUAAUUAAGUGUCAAUUAAAUGUACGAUUCACUUAGUCUUAAGCGAAUCUUGUUUUCGAUUUAAAGGUAGCUUUCCUAUAAUGAGAUUUCAUUUAGAGUUUAUAUAACAUUCUCACUACCUACUAUUAGUAAUGAGAAUUGCAAUUUUUGUGUCUUCACUUUUCAAAAAAAUUAUCUAUUUCACAGUCAUGAGAAAUGUUAACAAAUUAUUGGAUCAGCCAAUUUAGAUUAGUGGUCUAAUAUUUUGCAAUUUAAAACUCUGUGGCUUGUCAAAGACUAUUCAAUUAUCAAUUACCAUUGUAAACAGGAUUAAGAGUCAAAAUAAAAUAAAUAGAGUGAAAAUACUUUACACCAGUUCUGUAAAAAAUCAACUAUUUAAAGUUAAUUAUUUAAAACCCCAAUUCAUUCUCUUCAAAUCAUGAUACAAAAAUGAUAACCGAUACAGAAAUAAAAUAUUUAUACCAUUAGUAGUUAUUGUUAAAUAGUAGCCUGUACAAUUACUCAAACAUUCAUAAAGUCCUUGUUUUUUACCAUGAAAUCAUCAAGUUCCUUAGACAAGUAAACUAAAAUUGAGUUUUUCUACAUUACUAGAAAUACAAAUUCUGUGAGUUAUAAAAAAGUAGGAGAUAAAUUUAACGUAGCAUAUCAUUAUUAUUGACAAUAAUAAGAAAACAGAGUGAAAUUUUACUUGUAUUUCCUUAAUGAUACAUUUUGUCAUAGGGUAGGCCUACAUUUUUUACUAAUCAAAAUGUUUGAGCUUUCAAGAACUCAGCAGCUUUUAAAUUGAUAAAUGUAAACUUUUCAUAAUUUUGGUACAAAACGUUAGCUUAUUUUUGUGAUUUAUGGAUGAUUAUGUUCUUUUUUCACUAAGAAUUCGUCAAUUACAUCUCCCAUGAAAUUGUUGUAAAUGAAUUCCUGUCAAUUAAUUAAUUUUAGUAAAUUAGAUUGAAAAGUAAACCUACAUUUUUACAUUCACACCGCUCUGGGAAUAAUUCAUUAAUAUCAUACUUAAUGUAAACCGUUUAUUUGAUAUUUAAUAUUCUUACCUACCUCUCUACUAUUUGAAAAACACUCAUAAUUUCCAACUGGUAUCAAAACUUCAUUCCUUCCCAUCAUUUCUUGUAGGGUAGGUUGUACCAUAAAUUCAAGCCUAAUUUUACUGGUCCAUCUCUUAUAAUUAUUAGACUGUUCUAACAUAAUAAUCAAAUAAAGAAGUCAUUCUAUAAUUAUUUCAUCUCUGUCGAUCACUCAGAUUGAAAACAUUCUUAUAAUCGAAAUACUUCAGAUUCAUCUCAAUUCACAUUUUACACUGCAUUUAAUACCGCCAUUGGAUCCACUAUUCUAUGUCUGUGAUAAGAAUUUUAUUUUUAUUUUUUGUAAACAAAUUUAUUGAUACUAUAAUUAUGAAUUGCUCUUAUAUCGUUCCAAAGAUAUGAAUAAUUUUAAUUUGAUUUUUCUGAGUGUGAAUCUUUGAUAACAUUUUUAUUGUUGAUAAUUAUAAUAAUCAAUUUAUGAUGCUUUGAAAAAAAUCAUCAUUCCAAUUGCAUUAAAAGUUUCUAAUAGAAAUCAAUAUCUGUUGUUUGAAUAGCUUGUGUAAUUAAAUCAAUAAUAUUGUGGAAUGUUGCACUUAUUAAUAAUGAAUUUGUAUAGAUUUCCUUCUAGCGUACAGCUAGCUUAGAUUGUUGUGCUUUAUAUAAUGGAUUUGAAGCGAAUUUUUUGCCAGUCCAAAGAUUAUUUUUCCAAAGAAAUAUUUUUGUAUUUACAAAACCAAACAUUCAUAUCCAAUAGCGUGUCCACUGCCGUAAAUGCUGUUUUGUUGGAAAUUUUUAUAAUCCGAUAAAAUUCUGUAACAUGGACGUUGUUUUCUAUGUAAAGGUGCACCACAUAAAAUCAUACAGCUUUGAAUAAAUAAUAACCUGUCUGUACGAUGAAUAUAAUAUUAAGCUGAUAGUGUUUGAUGAGAAUAUUAGAUUUUAUACUUUUAUGUCAAUUUUCCAAGAUUUGAACAUUUUCUUUCUGCAAUAAAACAAAAUGAUGAAAUAUGAA